AUGAGGGGCGACUCCGCUACUUGCAAGGAAAACCUCCUCACUGAGAUCACCUCUGCUGAUCACGAACUGUACUAUGCGGCCUACUACUCGCUCGAAAGAACCAAACUGACCGUCACGGUAACCCAUGCUGAGGAGCUCAGCAGGUUAAAGAAACUUCGAAGGGAAUUGGCGAAGUUGAAUCGGAGACGGGCUGACUUACUUCAUGCGACAAACGAUGAGGAAAUGGUAAUUUCCAAGGAGUUUUUGCACAUGAGUUCUACGAUAUUUCUUUUAUCAUGCCGACAUAACAGAGGCGGUAAACGCCAUGGCUCGCGCUUUAAUUAGACUGUUAUGUUGGAGGCUUGUGCAGUUUCAGCCAUACACGUGCCAUCGAAGCUCGUUGAGUGUGAUUGGGGUUAGUGCGGGUGCGAUGGCCUGCCUACGUUUCUACUGCCGUUUCAUGCACAUAACAACCUUAGAUUCUUGCCAAACACCCUGUAUUGCCUUAUGAUUGUAUUGCAGAGGCCUACUCUAGCGACCGCUUCUCCAUUUUCAGAACGCUGCUGCCUUGAAGGAAGUGGAACGGUCUGCAAAAAAACUGCUUGAAUGCGUCAAAAUCUUGCAACAGACGGCGGUACUCUGUGAAGAUUCUAGCUUUGAUAAAUUAAACUUAGCUCCAGGUUUUGCAUCGGUACGUCUAUCAGACCUGGAAAUACUUUUAUUCGGAGUCGAUAUGGCUGGCAUAUUUGUAAUCUUUUGCUGGUAUCUCCACCUAAUUGCGCAUACUAUUUCUUGGUAAACACUUAAUAUCCAUGCGCGUUAAUUUUGUCAGAUAACUGUUUAUCAAUCCAUUUGUAAAAGUUCCUGAUCCCCAACACGUACCCCUAACAUUAACCCCUAACCCUAACCUCUAACACGUGCGGGUACGAAAUAAGAUCUUACCAGUUGGGGGUAAGGAAAGGAGGUUAAGGGUUAGGCUCGGGCUUGUCUACUGCAGGUAUGGCAACGAAAUAGGAUCCGACAAAAGUGACAUCUGUUUGUUAUGUCAUGUUGAGGCUAUAGACGAAUGUAUCCACCAAAGUCAGGUUUUUUCCAAAAUCUUUGGGGUAAUUAUUAGUAUUUAAGAAAACCCCAAAAGCAGAAGAACCUAGCAUAGUGAAAUUGUUGUUUUCGCAUAUUUUCCUGACGAAACCUAAAGACAGAAUAACCAAUGCAAGUGGAAUAUCAUCCGGGCAGAAUAAUUUAAUGAGAAAGAGUAAGGAGGAAUGGAACUGUCAUUUCUGACUUUUUCACUGUCGCCAACUAGCCACAUUCAACUCCGAGGUAUGCAACCCUCUAGGCUCGAACUCGCGACCUGUCGGUUUGAAGUCCAUCGCCCGAACCAUUAAGAGGUGCGCUCAACGUUCGUUAUCGGAAGUAGUCAAGCUGGCGUGCGCACAGAAUGGGAUCGUGCAAUAUUCCAACCCCGACUAGUGGGGGUCACACGCCCACUGGACAUUUAUGACAAUUUCAACAAACUGAUUUUAGGCCGAAAUUUAAGCAAAACUAGCAGUUCUGAGGUUGUUAACACGAAUGAGCUCAUCUACGGGGGAGGGAAGUCGUAGACAUUCGGCAGAUCAUUUCUUACUCCUAACAAAACAAAUUGGCCACUUAUUGCGGUCAUAGCUGGAACGAUCAGGUAAUCCUCGAGUUAGCAUUUAUGCCACCCAUCUGCGACAGCCUGCGCACAAAGAACACCAUUCAGUGAACAAAUACUAACCUGUGCUCGAUCGCACACUCUCGAUAAGCCGACUGCAGGUAGUCCUGGAAGUCCAAAAGUUAAUGAAAGUGAACCCGAAGGCUGGUAACCUAAUAGUAGAUGGGCUAACUCAUGAAAUGUUGACCGAAAUUUCGAAAUGCAUUUUCGUUUCGAGAAGACUACUUAGAGUAUGUGGGCUAACUCACGCAAUGUCAACAGAAAUUCUGAAAUGCGUUUCCGUUUCAAAAUGAUUAAUUAAGUACGGUUGUAAAAUUAAUCAUCAUGCAGCAUAAUUCUAUAAUAAUUCAGCUACCCCAAAACGCCGGCUUUAGAAUCAAACUUCUUUUUGGCUGCAUCCGAAAAACCAUACUCCGUAAAAAAUGUCUACUUGUGCAGCAUGUAUUUUUUUCAUCGAUUUUCAAUGCCCUUAAGCACUCAAUUAUAUUCCAUGAAAAACAUGCAUAAAAACAUUUAUGCUUUUGCUCAUUCAUUUGACUAUUACUUCUUAUUUCAAUUUUAAAGUCGAACGAAGGGUAUAAUUCGGUUUUCAAUUUUCUAAUUGUGGGACUUUUAAAUGCCCUGAAACGGCCGUUCAUAAAUCGUCAUGUCUCUGCAUGUACCAAUGUGGCUUUUAAAAUUAACAAGGUGGCUCAAAUCCACCUCUCAAUUUUAUGAACUUUAUAUAGUCCCCCCUUUAUUCCCGUUUUCGGUAAGCGGAAAUUAUACGGUUUGUAGUUUAGAAACCCUAAAUGCAAGUAUAAGUACAGGUUGGGUUCAAAAUUAUUCGGGAAUUGUAAAAGUCUUAUAAAAACCAAAUUAUACCCUUCUUUUGAGUGUAAAUAUGAAAGAAGACGUAGUUUACUCCCUAUGAGCAAACGAAUGAAUAUUUUAUGCAUGUUUUCCAUGAAAUAUAUUUAAGGGCAUCGAAAAUCGAUGAAACAACUCAUACUACAUAAGUGGUCGUCUUUUACAGAGUACGUUUUUUAGAUGCAGCCAAAGAGAAGUUUGUUGAAAAUCCGGAGUCCUGAGAUAACUGCAUUAUUAUAGAAUUAUGAUGCACGAUGAUUGGUUUUGCAACCAUACUGAAUAAUUCUUUCCGAAACGGAAAAGCAUUUCGGAAUUUCUGUUGAGAUUUCAUGAGUUAGCCCAUUUACUGUAAGUAGGGUAAUAAAACUAGUAACCAUGCAGCAUAAUUUAGUUACCGCAGGAUGCUGGCUUUCGAACGAACCUUUUUUCUGGCUGCAUGCAAAAAUUAUACUCUACAAAAAAUGACAUGCAUUUUUCUCAUUGAUUUUCGAUAUCCUUAAAAAUUCAAUUAUGCUCCGUUGAAACACAUGGAUAAUGAUAUUAAUUUUCUCCCGCUUAUUCGGAAGAGAAGUACGUCUUUUCCCAAUUUUAUAUCCGAAGGUAGGGUAAAGGUCGGAUUAAAAAAGUUUCUAAUUGUGAGAUUUUUAAUGCCGUGAAAUUGCCGUUCAUAAAACUCUAUAUCUCAAUAUGUACUAAUGUGACUUGUAGAGUCAACAGUAUCUACUGCUAACUUUUAUGAAUACCAUAUGGUGUCCUCCUAAUACCAUAGAGAAGUGUAUAGUUUUCCUUACGCGGAAAAUAUGUGGCUUGUAAUUCGGAAACCAUGAAUCCAUCUGUAAAGGCAGGUCGGGGCUCAAAACUAUUUGAGAAUUGGAAAAAUCUUUGAAAACCGAAUUAUGCCCUUCUUUCGAGUAUGAAAUUGGUAGAAGACGUAAUUUUCUAUCGAAUAUGCAAGAGAAUGAAUAUCGUUAUGCAUGGUUUUCUAUGAAAUAUAAUUGGAUUUUUAAGGGCAUCUAGAAUCGAUGAAAAUGUCAUGCUACAAAGUUUUCAUUUUUUUCAUAAUUUGGUUAUUGCAUGUGACCGAAAAGCGGUUCAUUCGAAAGAUGGGAUCGCGAGGUCACUGAAUUAUUGUAAAAUUUUGAUGCACGAUGAUUAUUUUUACAACUACACUUAAGUAAUCAAUUCGAAACGAAAGCGCAUUUCGGAAUUUUUGUGGACAUUUCAUGGGGUAGCCCACCUACUGUACGUUGGAUCGAAAGGUAAACAUAAAAGCAUUGGGGAAUUCGGCAGACGACAUUUAUCAAUAGACGAGACAAAUAUAACCGCGGAAAAAUUUCAUUAAGUGGAUAGUAUCAUUCCCUUCCAGGAAUAAUUAUGAGGUGAUUCAGCAAUUUUUGGUGGAGAAUUAAUCUAUUGACGUUUAUGCUAAUAUUCGUGUGAUAAGUUUCCGUCGAAUUCGGAUGUUUGUCAGUCACCCUUGAAAAGCAGAUAUGUGCCAAAUAGGGGAAACUGAGUUUGAGCAUGAAACGUCGACUGUGUUCGUACGUUAUUUAAAAGACCGUUUUGCUUUUGUCUAUGCAAAGAUCCAGAAGACCAGUUAGCGAACAUAAGUUUGCUUUCGAUAAAUUCUCAUCAGGCCAGUACAUUUAAAGACAAAAACCUGUCAGAUGUUAAAGAAAUCGAUCAAAAUUCGUCUUAAAACACGGGCAGAGUGGAAAAAUAUGGGAGGUAGGUUUCCAAAGUCAAUGUCAGGGGCAGGAUGAGAGCGAAAGCGCGCGGAGAGUUACAUGGUUAGUCUGCUUUUGGCCACGGUAGGUGCGGAGCCUGAACGUGGUUAUUCUGCGUGCAUAAGAUCGGUUUUCGUAACCCGAUGGCUGUCGCUUCUGUAUUGUUAACGGCCGCUAGGCCGGUGGCCUAGGGUAGCUCGACGGGACCUUAUAAUAGACGCGAAAAGCCUCGCUGGUGUACACGCUAUGUUCGGAAUCAAUACCAUGCGCGAGAAAAGCGCUGUUCGUUCUCCUAGUUUGACCUAUUCCCAGCCAAGGUGGGAUGUGGUUUCGUAUUCUUUUGGGUCGCGCCGAUAAUACGACAAGUAGUGUGGUCUUACGCUCGUGGGCGUUGUUUAAAUGUCCUUUGCACUUAUUCAGCAGAAUGAAGUUGAAGAUGUAGUAGAGCAUAGUUCGGUGAAAAUGUCGUUGGAUAAGGUGACAUCUGAUUAUUUUGUAUCGUAAAGGCUAUAGACGAAUGUAUUCACCAAAGGAGGGGUGUGAGGAUAUGGGAGGAAGGGGGGGGGGUAAUGGCAAUCGGUGCCAGGGACGGGCGAGAAUGAAAGGGCGCGGAGAGUUGCAUGAUUAGUGGACUUGACCACGGUGGGAGCGGAGCCUGAACGUGGCGCUAUUAUGGGCUCGCCGCUCGGAUCCCUCCUAGUCGAUUUCUUCAUGGCAAGUUUGAGAAAUUCUGAUUAAGCGAUUAGAUUAUUUAGCUUAAAUACUACGGUCGCAACGUUGAAGACAUCUUCGCAAUCAUCAACACAGGAACCGACAUACCUGCCGUCUUAAAUGCGGUAAAUCGGGCCAUCCCCAACCCCGAGGUGUACAACGCCUGGGGUUCAUUAUUGUGACCUUAUCAUUGAACUACGGACUCGUUUUCCUGUCGGUUGCGAUCAGGGAUACAGUAGGUGGGCUAACUCAUGAAAUGCAAACCGAAAUUCCGAAAUGCGUUUUCGGUUCGAAAAGAUUAAUUAAGUAGGGUUAUAAAAUUAAACGGCCUACAACACAAUUCUAUAAUAAUUCAAUUACCUCAGGAUGCCGACAUUCGAGUGCAUUUCCGUCCGGCUGCAUGCAAAAACUGCACUGUGUAAGAAAUGACCGCUUAAGAAGCAUGAAUUUUUCUCAUUGGUUUUCGAUGCCCCUAAACGUCCAACUAUAUUUCAUGGUAAAGAUACAUAAAAAUAUUCAUUUUUUGCACAUUCAGUAGAAGAUGACGAUUAAUGAACGGCCAUUUUACGGUAUAAAAAGGUCCCACAAUUAGGAACUUUUUUGAAACCAAAUUAUGUUUGAAUUAUCUACUGAAUGAGCAAAAGAAUAAAUAUUUUUAUGCAUAUUUUCGAUGAAAUAUAAUUGGACAUAUAGGAGCAUCAAAAAUCAAAGAGAGAAAUGCAUGCUAAUUAAGUAGUAAUUUUUACACAGUGUAGUUUUUGCAUGCAGCCGGAAAAAAGUUCAUUCGAACGCCGGCAUCCUGAGGUGACUGAAAUAAUAUAGAAUUCUGUUACAGACUGACAUGUUUUACAAACCCACUUAAUUUAUCUUUUCGGUACGAAAACGCAUUUCGGAAUUUCGGUUGACAGUUCAUGAGUUAGCCCACUUACUGUAUUUACUAUGUUAGAGGGGCGCACAUCGAUCGCGUUACUGAAAUCACUCAUUCCACUAUGCCUCAGGGCUCCCUCUCGAUCUCGCCAGAAGCCGCGCGUAAUGUAGACUCGUGAGCGAACCCCAAGGCACAGCGGGACGAGUGAGUUCCGUAACGUGCUUGGUGCGCGCCUGUCAAAAGUUGUGUGGUCGACAGAACAAAGAUUUCCAAUCAAAAAUCAGUGAAGACGGAGUGAGUUGGACAACCUUUACUGUUUUGGAAGUGCGUACACAAAGGCUCUGUAGGCCGUCGCUGCGAGCGCGCUCUCCAGGCAGGUUGUUGUUGUCUGUGUCCGCCUUCGAGGUGCCGAGAACCAGCGCAUGUGUGCAUUUUGCUGUCUCCGCGUCCGCCAGCCAAUCAGAGGGGGGCAGCGUUGAUUGGCCUGGAGCAAUUAUGUCCCUCCUUAGAGUAUAAAAUUAGAAGAAAACGUAAUUAUCUACUAAAUGAUCAAAAGAGUGAAUAUUUUUAUGCAUGUUUUCCAUUAAAUAUAAUUGGAAUUUUAGGGGUAUCGAAAAUCAGAGAGAAAAAUUAAUGCUACAUAAGUAGUCCUUUUUUUUACAAAGUAUAGUUUUUGCAUACAGCCGGAAAGAAGUUUGUUGGAAAGCCGGCAUCCUGAGGUAACUGAAAUAUUAUAGAAUUAUGUUGCAGGCUGACCAGGUUUACAACCCUACUUAAUUAAUCUUUUCUAAACGAAAAAACAUUUCGGAAUUUCGGUUGACAUUUCAUGAGUUGGCCCACCUACUGUAUUUACUAUGGUAGAGGGGCGCACACCGACCGCGUUACGGAACUCACUCAUUCUUCUUUGCCUCAGGACUCUCUCUCUCUCUCUCGAGUCCGCCAGAAGUCGGAAACCCGCGCGUAA